CUCAUCGAACAUACACACACACUCUCUCUCUCUCUCUCUCACGGGAAAGCUGUCAAUUUCUGCCGCUGGUCACGUGACCCACGCCUCCCUGGAAUGGAUGGAGAUUGCUCUCCACGUCAGCCUACGUCUCAAAAUUUCUGCCUCGCGGACCUGCUUCAAAGAGGCACGAGCCAGGGCGCUCCAGAGCCAUGUAAAGGGCGGCUAUAGAUGCAUGACCCAGAUAGAGUAGUAGAGUGCAGGAGUGAUGGAUUUUGACGAGCGGGUCCCCGUCGGUUCGAACAUGUAUUUGCCCAGUUGCACCUACUACGUCUCGGCGGGGGCAGACUUCUCCGGUCUACCCUCGUUUUUGUCUCAGACCCCGUCUACUCGGCCCAUGACAUACUCGUACUCUUCUAACCUGCCUCAAGUCCAGCCCGUGAGAGAGGUGACGUUCAGGGACUAUGCCGCCAUUGACGCGUCGGGUAAAUGGUCACACCGGGGGAACCUGCCCCAGUGCUAUCCCACCACGGAGGACAUGGUGCACCGGGAUUGUCUGUCCUCGCAGCCCACCAUGGGGGAAAUGUUUGCCAAGAACAAUCCUACCGCCGCUGCUGCCUAUCACCACCACUCCGGCGCGGGCUGUGCGGUGUCCAAUUUCUACGGGAACGUUGGCAGGAAUGGGGUGCUGCCCCAAGCCUUCGACCAGUUUUUCGACACAGCGUACGCCAACGCCUCGGAAACUCCGUCGUCUAACGACUACUCAGGGGACAAAACCGCCACCAAGCAGACAAGCUCCGCCGCAGAACACGCGCCACCGUGCCGGGACACGGAGGGGAAGGAGCCGCGUGAGGAUACCAGCAGCCCGGAGUCCUCUUCCGGCAACAAUGAGGAGAAAUCGAACAGCAGCAAUGGACAGAGGACUCGUAAAAAAAGAUGUCCUUAUACAAAAUAUCAGAUCCGAGAACUGGAGAGGGAGUUCUUUUUCAGUGUGUAUAUCAACAAAGAGAAGAGACUGCAGCUCUCUCGUAUGCUGAACCUCACCGACCGCCAAGUGAAAAUCUGGUUUCAGAACCGAAGAAUGAAGGAAAAGAAAUUAAACAGAGACAGAUUACAGUAUUACACCACGAACCCGCUGCUUUAGGAGUGACUUGUCAUAUGCGUUUACAGACUUAUUGACUCGCUUUGGUCGCGUUCCCCUGACAUAUGUGUCAGCAACAACAACACAACAACAGCAAUGGCUGCAGCUGCAACACGAUGCUCAACUGUUAAUUUCAAGUUCGAUGUGCAAUGGCAGCAGAAUCUCUCCUGAUUUCAAACAGUUUGAGAAUGAGCAUGAUUUAACUGACACACUGAUGGAAUUUUGGCCAUCAGACUUUGUUUAAAAAAAAAAAAAUCUGCGGAUGUUGUCCUCACCAAGACUAUGUUCUCUUUCUUGUGUAUCCUAAUAUUAUUGUGACACAGAGUCGCCUUAAUUUUCUUCUCACAACGCGGACAGCCUUAUCAGUCUACCAAUGACUGACCAGGAUGAUUUUUUUAAAAUCUAAAAGCCUCUUGUAAAUUAAGUUUUCGGUUUUUAAGAUCGUACGAGUGGUGACGUGGUAGGCCAAUAUGUUUCCUGUGGCAGUGAAUAUGUGAUGUUGUGCAUUUAAUAAUGGAGGCUAGGACUUUGGUGUGACCAAAUAAUGAGACUUGGGAGGGCGAGAUUGUAAAGUGUCUUUGUUUGUAAGGUUAUUUAUUUUGUAGCCACUGAUUUCCUAAAGAAUACCAACUGUAAAGCUCUAUCGGUAAAAUUAUAGGGAUUCGGUGUUAAAUUGUGUUGACCCCAAACCGUGACUAGGUCAUUCUACCAUUGUAAUAGUUUCAAAACAACAUAUGUAAUCUAGCUGUUUAUAUUUUCUGUACUUGAUUACCACACCUAAUUUGGCUUUGAAUUUGAUGUUAAUGCACGAAAACCCACAAUGAGAAGAAUGUUACCCCCAUACAGACAGAACCAGAUAUAAGCUUGUUUAACCUCAUUGCUGUAGCCUAUAGUCGAAUUGUUGCAUCGCGACAUUCCUGUAGAUAAUACAGGUAAUGUACGCAACAAGGCCACAGUCUUUUGAUACCCAGAUUAAGCAAAUAUGCAUCCAGGUUUUGUUCAAAUAGGACGAAAUAUUUUUUCCAUUAUUCACAGGUCUUCUUGUUUUUCAUUGAAGUAACAUGAAUGCUAAAUGCGUUUUGAAAUGUACUGUCAGGGACAUAAUCUUGGAUCAACUGCUUGUUAUGCCCAACAUAUUCUGUAUUAUCCUAUAUUUCCAAAUAAAAAAUGAAAAGAUUA